AUGUGCAACUUGGUAAAUAGAAAAACGGUUUUAGGUGACCUCAUUAAUCUUUUUCAUUUUCAGACAACAACCUUGAUUGGACUACUCAAAACAGCGCGACUUCUACGAUUAGUCAGAGUUUGCAGGAAGCUGGAUCGAUACUCCGAGUACGGUGCCGCGGUACUGUUGCUUCUCAUGGCUACCUUUGCCCUCAUCGCCCAUUGGUUGGCCUGCAUCUGGUACGCAAUAGGCUCUGCCGAGUUGCCGAAUGUUGACAGCAACAUAACCUGGCUGCAUCAGCUUGCCAGUCAUCUGCAAACGCCGUACAACGGAACGAGAGGCGGGCCCUCUUUGCGAUCGCGUUAUGUAACUGCUCUGUACUUUACGUUGAGUACAAUAACGAGCAUUGGUUUUGGCAACGUAUCAGCGACGACUGAUUCUGAAAAAAUCUUCACCAUCAUCAUGAUGCUACUUGGAUCUCUGAUGUACGCGAGCGUCUUCGGCAACGUUUCGGCUAUCAUUCAGCGCCUUUACUCUGGGACUGCGAGAUACCACAUCGAGAUGAACAGGCUGAGGGAGUUCGUCCGAUUUCACAAGGUGCCAAACCCUCUUCGUCAGCGGCUCGAGGAGUAUUUCCAGCACGCAUGGACGUACACGAACGGCAUCGACAUGAACAUGGUGCUAAAACAAUUUCCUGAUUGCAUUCAAGCAGACAUAUGCCUUCACCUGAACCGGAUUCUAUUGAACCGAUGUCAAGCCUUCCAAGGAGCAAGUCCAGGCUGCCUUCGGGCACUAAGCAUGCGGUUCCGCACGACGCAUGCCCCUCCAGGAGACACGCUGGUUCACAAAGGCGACGUGCUGACUGCGUUGUAUUUCAUCGCCAGGGGCUCAGUGGAGAUCUUGAAGGACGAAGUGGUCGUCGCGAUACUCGGAAAGGAAGACAUCUUUGGCGAAAACCCGUUGCUGAACGAAACGGUCGGAAAGUCGGCGUACAACGUGCGCGCCCUGACCUACUGUGAUUUGCACAAGAUUUACCUAGAUGACCUGCUGGACGUGUUGGACAUGUAUCCAGAGUUCGCUGAGCAGUUCUCUCAGAACCUGAACAUCACGUUCAACCUCAGAGACGUACGAACGAGCUGCACACUCGGCUGUCAGCAGAUAAUUUCGGCUCCUCGUUCUCGGCCGACUACGACUCACACGGCGGCCGACGAAACUGGUGUCGCCACAGCAGACGCGCCAGGUGGUCUUCGAGGCGCCUCAAAAGCGUUCAGAGGAAGCAGGACGACACAGGUGCACCGAUGCCUUACCCCGUUGGCGAAACAGCUGUUUCUCACUCUCACGACCGCUGUAGCACCCGCAUCGUCGAGCUGA